AUGACUGUUCUUCAGUUGAUGGUGUUGUUGUCCUCGGACUCGAAGUUUGUGGAGCUGGAGGUGAUUGUGUACCUUCUGCUUCAUCUUCAUGUUCUCCUGGUAUGCCACGGGUCUCUUAUAGGCUGCAAUUUCGAUGAGGAUGAGCGAAAGCCUUUAGACGGGCUGUCGGGCACUCGUCGGCCGAUAGUUGAUGAAAGUGACAUGGAGCCUAAAGUUGGUAGCCGGUCUGUUUUAGCGGCUGCUACUUCUUAUGCGGGUAGUGUUAGUGAGGUCUCUAACGUGAGGCCAAAUAAUCCAACCCUUAGCGCCAAUCGCAGUUUCGGGUUGAAUUAUCCAAAUGCUUGGGGAGUAGGGAAAGAGGAUGCCGGCAUAAAAGGGUCCGUUUCUGCUGUAUGGUCCUCUCCCGAUGCCGAGAGGCCCGAGACCAAGUUGGCCCACGCGAGUGCUCUUGAGAAGGAUAGGGUUAAAUCGACUGCUCGUGUGGAUUCGUUUGAGAGGGACACCUCAGUUGCAGCUGACGAGCUACAGCCAGUAGUGCCCUUAGAAUCAUCUGAACGGCCAAGAUUGAAAUUACUCCCGAGAUCAAAACCGAUCGAGAAUGUGGAAAUGCCGACUGAUUAUAAACAAACUAGUAAUCAACUUCAUGUGGAGGAUAGCUAUGCUGUACAUGAGCCUAAAAUUUCCUUACAGUCUGGGGCUGGUGGACCGGUGGUUGUUGAUCGAGCUCCGGAGCGUCCAAAACUGAAUUUGAUGCCCCGGUCACAGACUACGGAGCAGCUGGAAGGAAACGAUGAAUCCAAAAGAGGGACCGUUUUUGGCGGAGGCCGCCCGCGAGAAUUGGUCCUAAAGGAGAGAGGAAUCGAGGAUGACGCGAGCAUUUACGAAAGCCAAUCCCCCUUAAGAAUGAAGGCGACCUCGCCCGAUACCAACAACCUCCGGAAGAAUAAUCAGGCGGACAUUGAUAAGAACAGUAAUCAGAGAGCCCCAUCGCCCGAGACCUGGCACAAGCCCGUGGACCUAACUGUGCCCGUCCACUUUCCACUUGUGCGGUUUGGCAAAGCGGCUUCGGCAGUCGAGCUUGCUCAAGCCUUCUCGGAGCCUGUACCGGACCCAACCAUCUCGAGGGGGGUCUCAGGACAGGCCAGGGCCCGGUGGUCUUUUCCCGGCUGA